CCGCACGGAACCAUGUACCACGACGUACAGACAGCAAACUGAGCCACGGCAACCACCUGCGUGACCUCCACAGAUCUUCCCCGGCAACCACUUGCUAUGCACACUCAAAUCAUGGACAUGGCCUCUCCUCCGAGCGGAGCCUCCAGUGAGCAGGACGGCAUCCCCGUCGUCGACCUGGCCGUCCUCCUCAACGGCGACGCCGGCGAACGGUCGCAGGCGAUCCGGCACCUCGGCCGGGCGUGCCAACACUGGGGCUUCUUCAUGGUGACCAACCAUGGGGUGCCCGAGGCUCUCCAGAGCGCGAUGAUGGACGCGUGCAGGGAGCUGUUCGGCCUACCACCGGAGGAAAAGGCGGAGUUCAUGGACGCCGGCCCCAUGGACCCCGUGCGCGUCGGCACGGGCUUCAACUCCGCCGUCGACGGCGCCAGGUACUGGCGGGACUACGUCAAGAUGUUCGCGCACCCCGAGCUCCACUGCCCCGCCAAGCCCGACGCCCUGCGGGGCGUGGCCGCGGAGUACGCGGCGCGCACCAGGGCCCUGCUGCUGGACCUCACGGCGGCCAUCUCCGAGAGCCUGGGGCUCCACGCCGGCCGCGUCGCUGAGCGCCUCGACCUGGGGUCCUGCUUCCAGAUCCUCGUCGGCAACCAUUACCCGCCGUGCGCUGCCGGCCCGGGCGACGACGACGAUGGGGCUGUCGGGCUGCCGGCUCACUCUGACCACGGCCUCCUCACUCUGCUCUGCCAGAACGGCGUCGAUGGCCUCCAGGUCAAGCACGACGGCCGGUGGCUCCUCGCCAAGCCCAUCCCCGGCGCAUUCUUCGUCAUCGCCGGCGAUCAGCUCGAGAUUGUGAGCAAUGGAAGGUAUAAGGGCGUGCUCCACCGCGCAUUGGUCGACCGCGAGCAGGCGAGGAUGUCGUGCGUGAGCCUCAUCGGGCCGUGCCUGGACGCCGUCGUCGAGCCAGUGCCGGAGCUGGCCGUGCCACCCCUGGGUCUCGGCCUCGAGUUCAGGGGGGUCAAGUACAGGGACUACAUGGAACACCAGCAGAGCAACAAGCUCAACGACAAGGGAGCACUGGACCUCGUUCGGGUGCAGAAACGCCCAGCAAUUCUUUAUACCUAAUUUAUACUAGAGCAUGAUUCCUCAGGUUAAAAUUCUCAAGUUGACCAAAAAUUCCGUGUCCAUAUUUGUUUUAUUUUAGCAACCGACCAGACCUCUGGCUUUUCAUCAUUAAUAAGAAUUGCGAGAAUUGACAGUACUA